CGUCUUCAUUACCUGCCAGUUUGAGUUCAGUCCAGUCUGAAAGAAGUCUGUUUAUAGUAUGCAUUUGAACAUAGCUUUACCAAGUGGACAAACAAUUCGGGAAAGAUUUGUUGGUUCUAAACAGACUCGCCCCACAUUAACAUUUACAAACACAAACACUAAAACAAAAGCACAAGAUCAAGAUCAAGUAUGAGUCUCUCUAAAAAACCGGUCUUCUUCCAGCCACUUCUUCCUCGUUUUGAUGACAAUUUUUUUAUUCCCAUUGCAUUUAUGGAGCACUUAAAGGAAGCAAACUUGGAGAAAGCUGUUCUAACAAGCUCAGCUGGUAAGCUUUGGCCUGUUAAGAUCAAUGGCAGAAGGUUUGAAGAUGGCUGGAAAGCGUUUUGCAGACACCAUGAGUUGAUUGUUGGCGAGUUCUUGGUUUUCAGACUUGAACCUGACAUGGUUUUCCAUGUCGUCGUUUUUGGGCAUAGUACCUGUGAGAGAAAGUGUCCGGUUUUUUCAAUAAAAGAAGAAAGAACUGAAAUUCCACCACAAAUGGAAGAAGAAGAAGAAGAAGACACACCUGCAAAACCAUUUUCCCCUGAGAAGAAGCCCAACAACAAGGAGCAAUGUGCUAAUGGCGGUUCUUCUGUUCCUCAGUGCUCCUACUUUGAUGUAGAACUGACAGAUUAUAGUGCCAAGUUGUGUAGAGUGCGAAUACCGGUCAACUUCAAGAAGCUACAUGGUCUAACCAAUAGACACUGCGAGAUGACUAUUGAGGAUGAAAAGGGGAGGUUCUGGCCAGCUGAUCUGUCUUACAGUGAAUACAAUAAUCACGCAUUUAUUGGGCGCGGCUGGACUAAUUGUCGCUCUGCAAAUGGCCUUAGGGCGGGACACUCGUUGAGGUUUGAGCUCGUUAGGAAUGGAAAAAUUCCAUCAUUCAAAAUAAAGAAGAUGAAGUCCAACAAGAAAAAGCAAUGUGCAAAAGUUUGUUCUUCUGUUCCUAAAGGCCCCUACUUUGAUGCAGAACUCACAGCUUAUAGUGCCAAAAGACCAUUGCAUGUACCAAUGGAGUUUGCAAUUCGACAUGGUCUAAACAAUAGACGUCGCGAGAUGAUUAUUGAGGAUGAAAAUGGAAGGUCUUGGCCAACAGCUCUGGGGUACAAAGAAUCAGAUCAACGUGUUUUUAUUGGAGGUGGCUGGGCUAUUUGUUGCUCUGCAAAUGAGCUUAAGGCAGGGGACUCAUUGAGGUUUGAGCUCAUUAAGAAUGGGAAAACUCCCUCAUUGAAAAUGAGCAGACUAAAUGCAAAGCCUGAGGUUACAGAGGACCUGAAUUGUGACGAAGCCCGAGGUAGUUCUUCAUCAACCAGACAUUCCAACUCUAAUGCAACUUUGAAGGCAUCUUACCCUAGAAAAUGUAAACUGAAAAUUCCCAAAGAAGAAGAACCAAAAGACCCUGGUUUCGAUAAGCCCGAAAAGGAAAAGCGGACUUCCGUUAAAGUAGAAGUUUGUCCGUCUGAUUCUGGUCUUCGACCCCCUUUCUUUGCGAAGAAACUGUCAUCCUGCACAAUCUCUUUGUACAAAUUGUACAUUCCCAUGAAGUUUGCAAAGCUUCACCAUCUAGACGCUAUAUGCAGCAAGAUAAUUCUUAUCGAUCAAAAAGGACGGUCUUGGCCAGCAAAAGUAGUGUACGAAAAGUCAUACAAUCACGUUUAUAUUAAAGAUGGUUGGAAGGAGUUUACUUCUGGAAAUGAGAUCAAGCCGGGAGAUUCUUUAGUUUUCGAAAUCAUCGGAACUGGCAAAAGGCCCGUACUUAAAGUAUUUGAUGUAAAACAAGGUACAGAGAGGUACCGACAGUACUUCCGCGAAGAGAACACCUGAAAGGGAAGCUCGGAACUCGGAAGAUUGUGAAGAUGUCGAGCCGCUUACAUAGUGAACAAGUCAAGUUACUACUUACUACUAUCUGCUGGAAGUCACUUUUUGCAUUAGUGUUGGAGCUGAAUGUUAAAUGAAUUUAGUAUCAUCUGUCAGUCAUUACUUAUUAUGGACUGUCUGUUAGGAUAUAUAUGAUCUGUUGAAAUCUAGUAAAAUAUAGCUAGAUAAUAUAAUCAGAGUGUUUUGUAAACCUUAAAAACCUAAUGAAAAUGAAACGGUGACGAAUUUGGUCUUAGUAAAUCAAGUCAUAUUAUAACGACAA